AGGUAUCAACCCCUAAAAAAGUCACCAGUCAGUAAACAGUGAACCAGCCUGUGAUAAUGUUCAGCAUCUACCAGCAACUGAACAAAAAAGAGGACGAAUCUGGGGGAUCACGUCGUGGCUCGGAUGUCACCGGGCACGAUAGAUUCUACCGAGAGCCCCCAAGAGUGAAAAGAAAAAAGCGGCCCCCAAAUCGCCGGACCCUAAGUGCGAUUGAACUCGACUCGAGUGCGAUGACCUCCGCGAGAAACUACAUCAGGAACAACCGAAGCGCCAGCAUUGAAAGCUCGACUUCUAACGCCAGCAGUUCCUCCAGCAUUAACAAUCUCGAGGACAAGUUCCACUUUGGGAACAAAAUCGACAGUCUGGCUAAAAUUCUUUUCAAUAGGGUGUCGAUCACCCGAGCCAGGGAGAGUGAAUUGAGCAACAAAAAACAUCUCUAUGAAUCAUUGGACCAAAGCCCGACAAUACGCGAGGAAGGAAUUGAGUAUUUAGAAUUAGAAAAACGUUCUAGGGACCAAGCUCUCAAUAUUUGCCAAGUUUUUUUACAAGCAGCCACAAGAUUCACCUUAAUAGAACAGCUCCACAAUAUAGGGUCAAGAGUCGACAAAUUCUGGUUCGCGGUUAAGGAUACGCUUCUGAAGACCGACAGAAUCUUAACUUUGACCCCUUUGGGGAAAAACUGCCCGCUGAGCGUCUGCCCGUCGACCAAAGAAAUUCUCAAUAAAUUGUUCCUGUUUAUUCAGCACCCGUAUGUAUGCCCGAUUUUAGACAUUGAGUUUAUUGAAUACGAGGAGGAUAAUUACGUGGUUGUGCUUCAGCCGAUUAACCACGGCAGCCUUAAAGAUUUAAUUUACGGGGUGGACCGGAACAGCUGGAACAAUGACUGGUCAAACAAAUACGUCUCUAGAGGCCCCGGCCUGCCUUUCCCACAGAUCCAAGUGCUCGGCCGUCAGAUUCUCGAGGCGCUUUUGUUCCUCAAAGAUCGCGGAUUUCCCACAGUUCAUCUCCAUUCCGGGAAUGUCGUGAUUCAGAGCGGCAUGGCGCGAGUCGCCGGGUUGGAAAACUCGCUUCUAGGGUUCACCAGUCGGAUCCACCCGCUCGUCGGGCCACGAACUCCCUACGGGGCUUCUAUAGAAAGCAUUUGCUUCGGACAUUUACUGUUUGAAAUGACAGCAGGGUACGAAUUGUGUUCAUUCAAACCGUCCAGAGUUCACUAUGAUGACGUAGCUAAAUACCCAUUGGUUUAUGAUCUAAUGGAAUUUAUUUUUAAUAGUCGAGAAAAUCGAUAUCCUAAAUUAGAAGAGAUUUUACUCCAUGAAUUGUUCCGAAAUAUUGACCUACGUGAAUUGCGACACGCUCCAGUGAAUACAUUUCGUCCAAUUUUGAAUCCGUCUGUCGUAAGGUUGCUCGACGAUAUCAAGCGGCACAACAGUCGAAGAAAAAGUUAUGCACGUGAAAUUGAUUGAGGGAAUUACUAGCAUUGAAGAAAUUGAUUUAUUGAUCUCUAUUUAAUUUAUCUAAUUCUGGCCAAUGGAGGAUAAGACAAUCACCAAUUCCGGUUCCUAAUUAAUUAAUUAAUUGAUUAUUUCAAUAAUUAUAUAUGUACUAGCCUAUUUGCGGACCUAAUUUACAAUAAAAAAAAUGAGAUAAUAUUA